AGUCCAGGGUCCUAAGGUGAAAAGAACAAAAACAGAACGAAAACAUUUGGUUGCGCGUAGCUAGAUUCUAGAUUUGUAAUUCUAAUAUUCUAUUCUAUGUCCUUAAUUCCCUACCUAUCUUCCACCGUCUCCUGUAUCCUGUACGUAGUUCAUUGUUGUUCAAAACCAGUCGAAUGACUCUUUGGGCAAGCAAAAAAGAGAAAUUCAUAUUGUACAACAAUCUUGCGUGCCUGUUAAAAGCUGUUGAGAGCAAGUACACCACUGUAGAUCUCCGGAAUGAGGCAUACGUUUGCGGUAAAAUUCAGGAAGUUGAUGGGAUGAUGAAUUUAUCAAUGUCUAAUGUGCUCUUUUCUGAUCCUUCUGGGAAAUGUUUCAAUUUUGAUAAGUUUUUUGUUCAAGCAAAGAAUAUCCGUCACGUUCACCUACCGAGAGAGAUUUUGAGACUCUGGUUUCUAGUUGUCAAUUUACUUGAAUCAAUGGACUUAUAAGGAUUUGCAUUUUGAGUAUCCAUAACAUUGAUCUUUUGCCUGCAUA